AUGUUUAAAAAAAUAUUAUGGCUAUCAGCAUUGAUGAUAUUUUUGCCUUUGUGUCUCUAUUUCACAAGCAAGAACGUCGUUUUUGAAGCCAUCAUGGGCAUGACUUCUAGCAACAGCUACUUCUAUGCCGCCAUCGUCGCCAUUCUGAGCGCGCACGUCGUCCUCAUCAUCUUCAUCUUCAUCGCGCUAUCCGACGAAUCCGAAGCAUCAAAGACCAAAUUACAUUAA